AUGCCACAUCACACCUCAACAUCUUCAAAGGGUAUAAUUCGAUAUGCAGCACCUCCAACAGGAGCACUGCGUUGGCAAAAACCACAACCUCCAGCUGUCAACAGAACUUCGACCAUAAAGGCAACUGACUACCCUACCCGCUGUCCCCAAAGCCUCGGCGCCCCUUUGGCUGCAAAUUAUAAUUUCACGAGCUCAGUUCUUGGGGAUGAAGAUUGCCUGUUUUUAAACGUGUGGGCUCCACCAAAUGCGAAAAAUCUUCCAGUGAUGGUUUGGAUUCAUGACGGAGGCUACGGUAUCGGCUCCGGUAACAAUGAUUUCUCGGAGAUGGCCAACACCAACUCCAACGGCUUUAUUGUAGUAGCGAUCCAGUACCGGCUUGGAGCCUUUGGAUUUCUUUCAUCGUCAGAACUUGUCAGCUCAGGUGGUGUCCCAAACGCCGCUCUUUAUGAUAUGAAUUUCUCACUCCAAUGGGUUCAAUCUCACAUUGCCAAAUUCGGAGGAGAUCCUUCUCGUGUUACUCUUGGUGGGAUUUCGGCAGGGGGUGGCGCAGUAAUGUUGCAAAGUAUGGCAUUUGGUGGAAGUUUAGGAACGAGUUUGUUCAAUAAUGUGAUUGUGGCAAGUCCGUUUUUUCCAAUGCAGUAUAAUUAUGACGGAUUGUUGCCAGAGGAGAGUUAUGGAAAGUUUGUGGAGGCUGUCGGGUGCGGAACAGGUAAUAGGAGUACUUCCGAUUGUCUAGUCGGUGCGGAUACGAUUGCGCUGCAGAAUGCUAGUGCAUACAUCUCUGGAAGUGUUGAUUACGGACAAUGGGCUUUCUUACCAGUAACAGAUGGUGAGUUCGUAGUCAAAAGACCAUCAGAACAGUUAUUAGCUGGAGAGGUUAAUGGUGUGAGGAUAUUAUCUGGCAACAAUGCUAAUGAAGGCCCUGCAUUUGUCCCACAACAUAUCAACACAACGGCCGCUUUCAACGCUUACACACAAUCCCUCUUUCCCCAGAUGUCUAAAUCAACUUACGAUCGCCUUCUCAAAACCUACUCCAUCCCACCAACGAUCCCAGGCCCUCUCUUCGCAUCAGCAGGCGACCAUGGCCCCACAGCUCUCAACCAAUCCCCUAUAUACGCCAUUGGUCAACAGCAACGAGCCAACAAUCUCUAUGCUGAAAGUACCUUUGUCUGUCCCUCCUACUGGUUAGCCUCUGCAUAUUCCCAAGCCUGGAAAUAUGAGUUCAGUGUCCCUCCGUCGGAGCACGGAGGAGAUCAGAAUGCAUAUCUUGACGUAAACAGUGACAACGUUGGCUCCGGGACACUAUCUCCUGGUUUUCGUGCCGCGGUACAGAAAAUAUGGGGGAGAUUCAUCAUUUAUAACGAUCCAACACUCCCUAGCGAUGUCGUUACAUCUAUCACCACUCUUGGGAAUGGAACUCAGACGGGAGACAAUAUAUCCGCAGCAGGGGCUGGUGUAUGGCCACAGUGGAAAACUGAUGGGUAUGGCGCAUAUCAGAUGUUAAAAUUGAAUAUGACUGGAGGGCAACCAACAGAGGUUGCAUGGACGACGGGAGAUGGAUUGAGUUUUAAUGUAACAAAAGAUACAGGGUUGGGAUUGGAAGCUGAUUUAGCAAUCGUGGAUGCCUACGAUUGGGAAGGGGGAAGGGGAGCAAGAUGUAAUUUUUGGGCGGAUAUUGGAAAUGAAGUGCCAGAGUAG